AUGGACCCCGCCGGCCAAGAUAUCAAUCUUAACUCUCCUCACAAAGGCCUGCUUUCCGACUCCAUGAUGGAUGUACCUGUGGAUACCGGUGGGGCUGUUCGCACUCCGGCUUCCGAGGGCCUGACGGAGGUGGAGGAGGAGGAGCUCAGGGCUGAGCUUGCCAAGGUGGAAGAGGAAAUCAUCACCCUGCGCCAGGUCCUAGCUGCCAAGGAGAGGCACUCUGGGGAGCUCAGGAGGAAGCUGGGCCUCUCCACCUUGGAUGGGCUGCGGCAGAAUCUCUCACGGAGCUGGCAGGACGUGCAGGGCUCCAGCGCCUACAUGAGAACUUCUGAGAAACUUGGAGAGUGGAAUGAAAAAGUGACCCAGUCCGACCUCUACAAGAAGACUCAGGAGACACUGUCACAGGCAGGACAGAAGACAUCAGCUGCCCUGUCCACUGUGGGCUCUGCCAUCAGCCGGAAGCUUGGUGACAUGAGGGCCCAUCCCUUCUCUCACUCUUUUAGCAACUACUCCAUCCGCCACUCCGUCAGUAUGCCAGCCAUGAGGAACUCUGCAACCUUCAAGUCGUUUGAAGAUCGUGUUGGGACCAUAAAGUCUAAAGUCAUCGGCGGCAGAGAGAAUGGUGGGGACAACCUUCCUUCUCCGACAGGAAGCAGCGACAAGCCCCUGGCAGACCACGCCCCUUUCUAA